AUGGCUCCUACUAAGAAAAUGAAGGAAACACCUUCAAGUGACUUUGAGUAUGAUGUCGAACAGAAUGUCCAAGACAUCAUUACUCUAAACAAAUAUGUUGGGAAAAAGGUCCCUACUAAUAUGCCUGAAGUUCCCAUUGACAACAUCUCUUUUCACUCUAUUGAGAAUUUUGAAAAAUGGAAGUUUAUGUACCAAAGGAGGUUGGCUUUAGAAACAAAACAUGGGAAGGAUGCCCUUGAAAAUAAGGAGGUAGUAAGUCUUAUUGAGAAUGCAGGAUUAAUGAAAAGUGUUGUCGGGUUUGGUAAGUGUUAUGAAAUGCUAGUAAAAGAGCUCAUUAUGAACAUUCCUGAGGAUUGUGACAAUAAGAAGAGUAGGGAGUACACAAAGGUGUAUGUCAGAUGUAUAUGUGUAAAGUUUUCUCCUGAGGUGAUUAACAAGUUUAUCGGAAGGUGUGAGAAUGAGCAAGCUGAAGUAGAAGUAACCGAUAACAUUGUUUGCAAAGAAAUCACUUCCAAACAGGUGUCACAAUGGCCAAGAAAGGGAAAGCCAUCAGCUUGCAAGUUGAGUGUGAAGUAUGUUGUGCUUCAUAGGAUAGGAGCUUCCAAUUGGAUUCCUACAAAUCACACCAUAACCAUAGCUACAGGUUUGGGUAAAUCCAUUUACAUUGUUGGAACCAAAACCAAGUUUUAUUUUAAGUCUCAUGUCUUUGAGCAAACCCUGAAGCAUGCUAGUACUUUUGAUGUGAAAAUGCCUAUUUCUUUUCCCUCUCUAAUUUGUGGAAUAAUUCUGAGCCAGCACCCUGGGAUCUUGAUCAGUUCUGAUGCAGUAAGUAAGAGGGAAUCUCCUAUAUCCUUGCAUUAUAGGUUGUUUCAGGGACACAUGUCCCAAACAUUGUCAUGA